AUGUCCCAGUUCCCGGGGGGCUUCCUUCUGGUCCCGAUCCCCGAGGGGCCCCUCCCGGACUGCGCCCCCAACAAAGUCAUCAAGCUGGUCGUCCUCGGAGGGAGCGCCGUCGGGAAGACAGCCCUGAUCGUCCGCUUUCUAACCAAGAGAUUUAUCGGUGACUACGAAGCCAACACUGGUGCUCUCUAUUCCCGCAAAUUCACCAUUGAUGGAGAACAGAUUUCUUUACAAGUUCAGGACACGCCUUUCGUUUCCUUAGAGGAUGAAAACGACACCAUCUGCUGCCAGGAGCAGAUCAACCGUUCCAUCUACUGGGCCGACGGCUUUGUCUUUGUCUACUCCAUCACGGACUACGAGAGCUACCGGGUCGUCCGCCCUUUGCACCAACACAUCCGGAAGAUCCACCCCAACGCCAACAUCCCCCUGCUCCUCGUGGCCAACAAAGGAGACCUCUUGCGAGCCCGGCAAGUCUCUGCCAAGGAUGGCCACCAGCUGGCCAAUGAGCUGGGAUGCACUUACUCGGAGGUCUCGGCCCGGGAGAACUGCGAAGGGGUUCACGAAGCCUUCAAGCAGCUCUGCCAGGAGAUGAGCCGGAUGAUCGGGAACUGCAACGGGGAGAAGCGGAGGGGUCUUCAUCUCGUCCGGCCCAAAUCCCCCAACAUGCAGGACUUGAAAAGGAGGCUCAAGCAAGCCUUGUCUUCCAAAGGGAGGGCCACCACCGCACUCUGA